AUGUCCAACUCCGUUACGCAUGAGCAGGGCACCACCUUUUCGCAGAUCAUCGAUCGCGUCGUGCAGGCAUCGCAGAAUGACUUUGAGGAGAGCGGUGUCGACCAGCAGACGCUGCAGGAGAUGAAAGAGAUAUGGCAGAAGAAGCUCUCGGCUCUGCAUGUGGCUCAGAUGCCGUGGGAUCCCCCGCCGCCGCAGCCUCAGAUCAGCAACCCGCCGACUGUCCCGUCGAAUGAUGCGAAGCCGUCGAUGCCGCAGCAGAUGCCACCUGCGGCGUCGCAACCGCCCAAUCAGCAGUACGCAUCCCAAGUUCGCGUCAAGCAGGAGCCGGGCAAUGGCUAUGAGAACAACAUGCCUGGAUACAACAUGAAUGGCUACAACCUUCCCAAUGCCAAUGUUGCCCAACAGCGUGCUGCCCAGCUGCUGCAACAAAACUUCGGCGCUCAAGCCCAGGCCUCGAUUGCUUCAGCAUACUCUCCGCAAAAUAACGUUUCACUUCCGGGUCAGCAGCAGCCGCCGCAACAACAGCAACAGCAGCAGCAGCGCCCCAUGAACCUGCAGAUGCCUCCGAAUCGCCAGCAUCAACAGCACCAGCCUCCGCAACAACAAGGACCUCAUCCCGGCCAGCCUCAGCAGCAGCAACAACCAAACUCUUUGUACGCUGCUCAGACUGACGGAGCUGGUGACGCUGAGGACCAAUGGAGAUCGUUGGUGGCUGCGAGGCGUGUUGAAGCCGACACGGCCAGGCUCAAUGCUGAUGGCAUGCUCCGUGCUCAGUUUGAGCAAAAGAUGGACGUUCUGGAGAGCGGCUUGCUACAGCCGAUUGAAGACCUUCCCGGCUCCAAGGGUAAGAAGCGUCGUGUUGUCGCUGCUUCUGGACUGUCAGGCGCCUCCAGCAUCCCCCAGCUGGAUGGAGAGCUGGGCGUCGAUGACGAAAAGGAGGAGAAUGACGACGAGGCCAUCAACUCAGACCUUGAUGACUCCGAUGAGGAACAAAUCCAGGAGGGUGACGACGAGGGUCCUCAGGGCGACACCAUGAUUUGCACGUAUGACAAAGUUCAGCGUGUCAAGAACAAGUGGAAGUGCACCCUGAAGGACGGUGUGCUCUCUACAGGUGGCAAAGACUACCUGUUCCACAAGGCCCAAGGCGAAUUCGAGUGGUGA